AGACGGGGGCCUGGCCCAAGCCCCGCCCCGGAGCGCGCGCCGGCAGCUGACCCGGAAGCACUCAGGAGGCGCCUCCCGUCCCUGCCGGAGCGGUAAGAUGGCGGCGGUCUCCGUGCUGCAGGCGCCGAGCGGCGGCUUCAGCUUCGACAACUGUUCCCGGAACUCGCUGCUGGAGGCCGAGCUCGGGCAGAAGGGACAGCGGCUGCCCGCCGCCCGCAAGACGGGCACCACCAUCGCCGGCGUCGUCUUCAAGGAUGGCAUUGUCCUCGGAGCAGAUACGAGAGCAACUGAAGGAAUGGUUGUUGCUGACAAGAACUGUUCAAAAAUACACUUUAUUUCCCCUAACAUCUAUUGCUGCGGUGCCGGAACAGCUGCAGAUACUGAUAUGACAACUCAGCUGAUCUCUUCCAAUCUGGAGCUCCAUUCACUAUCCACUGGACGACUUCCAAGAGUUGUCACAGCUAAUCGAAUGCUAAAGCAAAUGCUUUUCAGGUAUCAAGGCUACAUUGGUGCUGCCCUGGUUUUAGGGGGAGUAGAUGUCACGGGGCCUCACCUUUACAGCAUAUAUCCCCACGGAUCGACUGACAAACUGCCUUACGUUACCAUGGGUUCUGGAUCAUUAGCCGCUAUGGCGGUAUUUGAAGAUAAAUACAAACCGGACAUGGAGGAAGAGGAAGCCAAGCAGCUUGUGAGAGAUGCCAUUGCAGCUGGCAUAUACAACGAUCUGGGCUCCGGCAAUAACAUAGAUAUUUGUGUCAUAAGCAAGAGCAAGCUGGAUUUUCUCCGUCCAUACGAUGUGGCCAACAGGAAGGGGGAAAGGUAUGGUAGGUACAAGUGUGAAAAAGGAACUACUGCUGUUCUCACAGAAAACGUAGCACUCCUGGAAAUUGAGGUGGUGGAUGAAACUGUACAAACCAUGGACACUUCCUGAGGCACCACGUGCGGCCCCUCUGGGAAAGAUGCAGCUGGUGCAGAAUAAAGUGGUUCUAACCAUUGUCCUAA